GUCGCCACCUCGGAAAAAUAAUCAUACUAUCAAAAUGUUAGUUAAUCCUUAUCCUUUAUUAUUCCUGAAACCAUUUUCAGCGGCGAAUAUCCAUCCCAAAUGUUUUAACAGUGUAGAUCGCAGCCUCAUGUUUCGCAACUCGUUGCUCCAUUUCAUCACACUAGAAAUCAUCCACAACACUAACAAACCCACUUCAUAUCACAAUAUUUUCUCAAUUUUUCAUUCUCAUUCUUUCUCUCUCCUUCUCCCAAACCGAACCACAUGGCUUCCAUUUCGAGUAUCUCUUCUCCCGAACCUCACUUUCCCGAAGCAAAACCUCGCUGUUCCCUUCCCUCUCAAACGACCCUCACUUCUGCACUUCCCCUCCCAACCUCUAUGCCUCUGUCUCAACUCCGUAGCCGACGACAGCCACAACAAUACAAACAAUAACGACCGCCGAUGGGAUUCGAUGCUCCACGAAUUCGUCACCGGCGCCAUGAAGCAAUUCGAAUCGUACGUAAACGCGUUCAGCAAAGGCCGCGCUGCCGACGAAGACCAAGGUGAUGUUAGCGAUGAAGGAUGGGAUUGGAAUCGGUGGCGUCAGCAUUUCGAUGAGGUUGACGACCAAGAACGUAUUGUCAUCAUCCUCAAGUCUCAGUUACGUCAUGCUGUAUACGUGGAGGAUUAUGAAGAAGCUUCUAGGCUUCAAGUGGCGAUUGCAGCUGCAUCCAACAAUGACAGUGUUGGAAAAGUGAUAUCUCUUCUCAAAAGAGCCAUACGAGAAGAGCGGUACAGUGAUGCUGCUUUUUUAAGAGAUAAAGCUGGUGCUGGACUUGUGGGUUGGUGGGCUGGUAUUUCAAAAGAUGUAAAUGAUCUACCUGGUUUAAUUAUUCGCAUAACUCCAGAGCAUGGAAGAUAUGUGGCAAGGAGUUAUAGUCCUAGGCAACUUGCAACAUCUGCUGCUGGUGUUCCUCUAUUUGAGUUUUUUCUUACAAUGGAUAAAAAAGGUGACUUCAAGUCGCAGGCUGUGUACCUAAAGCGAAAAGGGUCCUACCAAGGCCCCCCAACAAUGUCCUCUAAGACAUCAGAAGCUAGUGAGCUGUUUGUUGUGAGUACUGAAGAUUCAGAAAGUGGUGAUGAUAGGAGUGAUGGCUCAGACCCUUCUGAGAGAAUGCCUGCAUUUCAGAAUGUCUUGAAAGAUAUGAUUCCUGGUGAGAAGGUGAAGAUUUUCACUCCAGGGAAAGUUGACAAGGAUCUAAUAUCUAACGCUAUUGAGGAAUCAAAUGUGGAAGAAGAAAGUGGGGAUGAAAAUGAAGAUAGAGAAGAUGAUGGCGAUGAAGAAGACGUAGACGUAGACAUAGACGUAGACGAAGAUGAAGAUGGCAAUGAAGAUGAAGAGGAAGACGAAGACGAAGAUGGAGAUGAAGAUGAAGAGAAGAAAAAUGAUGCAGUAACUAGGGAACUGGAAAACUUUAUAUCGGAAACUGAUCAAGAGGGAGAUGAUGAGAAUGAGAUAAAUGCUGAUCUGGAAACUUUUGAACGUGAAGAACAGAAUGAAAUUGCUGUCAAAUUUGUCAUUGGUGAUCUUAUGCAGAAACUUUCCAGCAAUUUAUCCCCUAGAGAUUUACUUCGAGUUCCUGCUAAGCUGGAGAUCAACGAGCGUGGUUCAUUUUCCUUUACUGUUGAAAACGACAAUCAGCAGGAUGGUUAUGACAAAGGGAAAUCUUCAUCAGAUAAAUCAAUUGAGUUUCAAAGUCGUCACAGAGUUAAAUUUAUUGGCAAGGAAAAUGUACCUGCAAAGGUGCUGAAAGAGGUAGGAGAAUUUAUAAGUCUCACUCUAAGUCAGGCUCAGAAUCAUCAACCAUUAUCCGGGUCUACGACUUUCAAUCGCAUUGAAAUACCAACUUCAUUUGAUCCUCUAAACGGCUUAUAUAUUGGAACAUAUGGUCUUUACUCCUCUGAAGUUAUUCAAAUGAGACAUAGAUAUGGUCAAUGGCAAGAAGAUGACAGGGCGAAGGAGACUUCGGAUCUUGAGUUUUAUGAGUAUGUAGAGGCCUUGAAACUAACUGGGGAUCCUUAUGUGCCAGCUGGCCAGGUGGCAUUUCGUGCAAAAGUUGGAAAGAUGUAUCAACUUCCACAUAAAGGGAUAAUUCCUGAAGAAUUUGGAGUGAUUGCUCGCUAUAAAGGUGAAGGAAGAUUGGCUGAGCCAGGGUUUCAGAAUCCUCGAUGGGUUGAUGGUGAACUUGUAAUUCUUGAUGGAAAGCAUAUAAAAGCAGGGCCUGUUGUUGGAUUUGUGUAUUGGGCUCCGGAGUAUCAUUUUUUGGUCUUCUUUAAUCGGCUUAGGCUUCAGCAAUAGGAUUGCGUUGUUCAUACUAUCAGAAACUUUGUAUAUUCUUUCUUCAGACUUUAGCGCUUGGGUAUAUUUGAAACCUUUAAUUGCCCUAUUUCAAUCCAUGACCAGUUUAUGCGUUUUUAUGAUCAUGUAAGGCGAAGGUGUCAAGGAAUGCUAAAAUUGUGCUUCAGUGGAAGAUAUCAUCCAUCACUGCAAGCAUUUCUGUUCAAGUGCAAAAUAGCAUUCUGCCAAGCAGCAUAAAUUUUGAGCACUGGGCUGCUUGUGUAGUAGUAACUCAAAUUAUUAGAUUAUCUUGAUUGUCAUAGAUUGACUCAUCAUCAUGAAGGGGGAUUCAUCAAUCAGCACUAAAGCACGAUGUACUAGUUUUCCAUUUCACGUAUUGUAAAGCUGUAGUGUUCACAUGACAUCCUUCAUCAUGGUAUUCUCCACCAAUUUGUAUAGUGGUCCAAUUUUUUCUUAUAUUCCGAUGUAUCAUGCUUAGUCUUAUGUAUUCAGGGUUUCAUUGCUCUUUCUGUUAGGAUGAAUGAAAUAAAUUCAUUACAAGUGGUAUUAUUUAUCUUCCCACUUUGAAUAAUGAUUUGUGGGAAAUGACGAAACUGUACUAUUGUGCCUCUUGUCAGUUCUCGCAUUACCGGCUGAAUGAACUUGGCAGUGGAUGCCCAGCUUGCUCACACGCCUUGUUGUAUGGAAUUUAUUGAAAAAGUGGUUAUAGACAAGAAAAAUAUUUCAUUUUAAUUUUUAUUGAAUCACAAGAAAAUUAUUCCAACA